GUCGAUUCGGAAGAAGAAAAAUUACCAGAGGAAAAAUUUGUAGAUGAACUAUCCAAAACUCUUCCUCAAGGAACGGAUAAAACGCCGGAAAUUUUGGAUUCAGCUUUGAAGGACCUUCCAGAUAGAUGGAAGAAUUAUGUUAUUCGUGGUAUCUUUACAUGGAUAAUGAUAUGCGGGUUUGCACUUAUCAUAUACGGUGGGCCUUUGGCGCUUAUGAUUACGACGCUACUUGUACAGGUAAAAUGUUUCCAAGAGAUCAUUUCCAUUGGCUAUCAGGUCUAUCGCAUACAUGGCCUACCCUGGUUCCGCAGUUUGUCCUGGUAUUUCCUGUUGACAUCCAACUAUUUCUUCUAUGGUGAAAAUUUGGUCGACUAUUUUGGCGUAGUCAUUAACCGUGUGGAAUAUUUGAAGUUUCUGGUGACCUAUCAUCGCUUUCUGUCGUUUGCAUUGUAUUGCAUCGGUUUUGUCUGGUUUGUGCUGUCGCUGGUGAAAAAGUAUUAUAUGAAACAGUUUAGUCUGUUUGCUUGGACACAUGUCUCGCUACUGAUUGUGGUCACCCAAAGUUACUUGAUUAUCCAAAAUAUUUUUGAAGGUACGUGCUCAUAUGCAAAAAUAAAUUUAUCUU